CCCCAUUUCAUCGCGGACAGCUCAUCAUCCACAACAUACAACGUUUCCUACCAGUUGGGGGUUGUAAAUGUAAAAUGCGUGCGUUUUUAAAGAUAAUUAUAACGGAGGGUUUUCAUUUGCGCCACGGACGCUUCUGAUAUGUAAAUGAGUUCGGGUGGUUUCUCUCCCCCCUUUUUCGUGUUUAAGUCUUGUCACCUCAUCCCACUCAUGCAUUUCUGAUUUUCCGCUGAUAGAAGCUCAACUCACUGUUUCACACACGCAGAAAGUGCUCGAGCACUUGACUCCAGAGAUCCGCCCUCGAUCGUCAAGGCCUUUUUGGACGCUUUUCUGCCGGUCCGAAACUCAUCUGAGACCUUAAAUGAACCAGACUAAUGGAUUGGUUCGGUCAAGCACUGUAGCAUCCGAGGAGCAUCUGUGAUCCGUGUGUGUGUGUGCCGUCCAAUCCAUCUUCAUAUAUAACUUACCACGACGCUUUUGGAGAAAUUUCACUCUCACGGUAUAUUGGUUUGGAAAAUGUCCCUACAGAAUUCCAAGUCAGGAUUCUCUGUCCGCGAUAUUUUAGACCUCCCGGACACGAACGAUGAGGGAUCGGUGACUGAAGACACUGAGGAUGAGGCGGAUGAAGGGCUUUCUGGAACUCAGCAGCGUGCGUCCUCCGGAGAUGCGCUUUGGCUCGGAUCUCCAUGUGGCCACAAAUAUCCAUUGCCAUCAGCAUCUCCAGAGGAUUUAACUCCAGAACUGUCCACGGAUGAGUCUGUUGAUCGGGACAGAGAGAGUUCAGAGGACACGGGGAAGAAGCGCAAAAGGAGGAUCCUGUUUUCAAAGACUCAGACGUUUGAACUGGAGAGACGCUUCAGGCAACAGAGAUACUUAUCCGCGCCUGAGAGAGAACAUCUAGCUAAGAUCUUACAUUUGACUCCAACGCAAGUGAAGAUUUGGUUCCAGAACCAUCGGUACAAAGUGAAACGAGCCCGGGCUGAGAAAGGAAUGGACCCGUAUCUGCUGUCUCCGCGCCGGGUUUCUAUUCCCGUUCUGGUGAGGGACGGAAGAGUGUGUCAUGUUCUCAGUCCUCCGGACAUCACUGCUACUGUUCCAGCAGCGGCACCAUAUACUGCCUUUAAUAUGAAGCAGUUCCCUCAAAUUCAACACAGUCACAACAUCUGCUCCAGGAUCAUGACACAUCUGACAUCUGUCAGUCACCUGGGCCACAUGCAGCCUUGGUCCUGAUCAAGAGGUUCACGGAAAGCUUUUACGCAGCAGAACUUUAAAAAUAAGAAUUUGUUUUCGUCACUUUUCAUCAAUCCAUUAAAUUUCUACAAUGUCGAAAUAUCUUUUUAAAUUAGUUUUUAAUGUUCUCAUGUUUUUAAUCUGUUGAUUUACUUUAUUUUCGAUGAAACUGAAACACUGGGACUUCUGCAUCUUGUUUAAAUGCUGUUUGUAGAUAUAUUUAUGGAUUUUUACAGUGUACUGAUGAGUAUAAUUUUUUUAGCGGUCAGUUUUCGUUAAAUUUAGAACGAUUACAAGUAUGUGACUGACAGUUUGAUAACGUUUAUUGUUAAAAAAUAAGUGGAAAUAGCAUCUGUUGUUUUCUAUUUUAUUUGUAUACUGAAUUUAUUCUGACUAAACUUUAAUAAACAUUUUUCUCCUAA